AUGAAAGAUGAGGCGGGGGAAAGAGACAGAGAAGUGAGCAGCCUGAGCAGCAAGCUCUUGAGCCUGCAAGUCGACAUCAAGAAUCUACAUGAUGUUUGCAAGAGACAGGGGAAGACCUUGCAGGAGAAUCAGCUCUGUGUGGAGGAGGCGAUGAUGAACAGCAUCCACAAUAAGAAGCAUGUAUUAACAUUCCAGGAAUCACAGAUGGAGUUUGGGGCCAAUAAACAGUGUCACCUGAGACAACUCCAGCAACUCAAGAAAAAAUUGCUGGCCCUUCAGCAAGAACUGGAGUUUCGCACGGAGGAGUUGCAGACAUCUUACUGUUCCCUCCUGCAGUAUCAGUCUGUCCUAGAGAAGCAGACUUCCGACCUGGUUCUUCUUCACCAUCACUGCAAAUUGAAAGAAGAUGAGGUGAUUCUGUAUGAGGAGGAAAUUGGAACGCAUUCUGUAAACACAGGGAAGAAGCUCCAUUUGGCACAGGAGAAACUCGCCUUGGCCGGGGACAAGAUUGUCUCCCUAGAAAGAAGCUUAAACCUCUACAGGGAUAAAUACCAGACUUCCCUAAGCAACAUUGAGUUACUGGAAUGUCAAGUGAAGAUGUUGGAGGGGGAACUCAGCGGGAUUGUCAGUCAGGAACCUGAGAACAAGGGCGAUUAUUCAAAGGUUCGUAUAUACACUUCUCCCUGCAUGAUUCAAGAACAUCAGGAGACCCUGAAACGACUCUCUGAAGUCUGGCAAAAGGUCUCUGAACAGGAUGAUCUAAUCCAGGAACUUCGAAAUAAGCUAGCCUGCAGUAAUGCUUUGGUUCUGGAGCGUGAGGAGGCGUUGAUAAAAUUACAAGCGGACUUUGCUUCUUAUACAGCCACCCACCGGCAUCCUCCUAGCUCCUCGGAGGAUUGUGAAGACAUCAAAAAGAUACUGAAGCACUUGCAGGAGCAGAAAGACAGCCAGUGCCUGCACGUGGAAGAGUACCAGAACCUCGUGAAGGACCUGCGCAUGGAGCUCGAGACCGUGUCAGAACAAAAGAAAAACAUCAUGAAGGAAAUGAUGAAGUUGGAGCUGGACCUGCACGGGCUGCGAGAGGAGGCAUCUGCCCACAUGGAAAGGAAAGACAAGGAGGUCAUCAUCCUGCAGCUCCGGCUGCAGGAGCUGCAGGCGCAGUUCACUGAGACCCAAAAGCUCGGCUUGCAGAAAGACACGCUCCUCCAAGAGAAAGACGAAAUGCUGCACGAGCUAGAGAAGGAACUGACACAGGUUCAGACAACCCUCCUGAAAAAAGAGAUGGAGUUUGAGAAGCAGCAGCUGAUGACGACAGAACUGGAAAUGGCCCUCCGGGAGAUGAAGCAGCACACAUGCGAGGCGGAGUGCGGGGCCCUGCAAGCCGAGGUGGAGAAGCUGAAGGACUUCCUUGAAAAUACCCAGCAGCAGCAGAGGAUGGCUGCUCAGCAAGCAGCCCAGUACAAAGAGGAGGCCGCUCUGGCAAAGACGAACCUGGAGGACUGCCAGAGGAAACUGCAGAACUGCGUUCUCAUGGAGAAGCAGAAGGCCGACACCAUCCAGGAGCUGCAGCGAGAGAUCCAGAAGCUGCAGAAGAAUUCCCAGACAGCUGGGGAGGAACUUGCACCCAGCAGGAAACGGAUAGAGGAGCUGACAUUCGAACUCUCUGAGGCCGUGAGGAAGUUUGAAAUUUCAGAGAAGGAAAAGAGGCAGUUUCAGAAGACAGUGACUGAGCAGGAAAUGAAACUAAAUGAACAUAUAGAUCGUAUCAAAACCCUACAGCACCAGCUCAGAGAGCUAACCAGCGCCAAAACCACUCUAGAAGAGGAGCUGAAGGAAGUAACAAGGUUACUAGAAGAGAAACGGGAACAAUUGAAAAAAAGUAAAGAACGGGAAACGGUGGUGGAGGCCGAGAUUGAGACACUCCGACAGGAAUUAAAAAAAAAAGAAAAGACGUCAAAGGAGGCUUUACAGAAGUUGGAGGAGGAAAAUGAGAAUAACAAAGCACGGGGUCAUAGAUUUUCUACACAACUGGAGUCCGCUCUCAGCAAACAGAACGCCUCCCAGAAAACCAUCGAAGAACUGACCAAUGAGGUAGCCUCUCAGAAGGAGACCAUAACGAGUCUGCAGGCCCAGCUGGAGAGGGCGAAGCAGAAAGAGCAGCAGUUUAAGCAAACCACGGUCAGUAAAGAAGUCUAUGAGGAACUAUCCCGGAAGUCAGCUGCCUGCCAAGACGACCUGACGCAGGCUCUCGAGAAGCUCAACCACUCGAUCUCAGAGACCAAGAGCCUGCACCGAAGCUUGAUGCAGGCCCAAGAUAGGAAAGUUCAGCUGGAAGAGGAGAUCAUGGCUUAUGAGGAGAGGAUGAAAAAGCUCAACAUGGAAUUAAAAAAACUUCAAGGCUUCCAUCAGGAGAGUGAGAUAGAGGUACACGCCUUCGACAAGAAGCUGGAGGAGAUGAGCAACCAAGUGCUGCAGUGGCAGAAGCAGCACCAGUGUGACCUCAAGAUGCUGGCCGCUAAGGAAGAGCAGCUCCAGUCCUUCCAGGAAGAAAUGACCACCCUGAAGGAGAACCUCCUUGCCGACGAGAAGGAUCCCUGCUGCCUGCCCCAGCGGUCUGUGCUCAAAGAUCCCUGCAGGAUGCACCGAGAAAAUGAUCAGAUCAUGACCAACAUGGAGCAAUGGGCAAAAGAGCAGAAGGUCGCCAAUGAGCAACUAGGAAACAAGCUCCGUGAACAGGUCAAAUACAUUGCCAAGCUGACGGGUGAAAAGGACCACCUCCACAAUGUGAUGGUCCAUCUGCAGCAGGAAAACAAGAAGCUGAAGACCGAGAUCGAGGAGAAGAAGCUGAGAUCCGAGCGCCAGAGGUUAUGUGCGAAAGCGCUGAGCCCAUGCAAAACAGAGCCCACACACAGGAAAAUGUAUGGCAUCUCGGACUGGAGGGGGGCGACCCAGAGAAUGGAUGUCACCAAGUUUGUCGGGACUCCGCUCUGCUCAGGUAUGUCCCCCAUUCGUCUUUUGUUGCUUAUUGUGAUGCUGUCUUAG